CUUGUCUGUAAAUACAUCACUAUUAUUAUUGAUUUCUUCAGCAAAACGAGACAAUGGAUAAUUUGAAUGGGAAGUCAGUCGGACAUUAUCAAGGUUUCCAUACGGAAUCAUAGCAAGACGUAUAAAUAAGAAUAAGGAAGUAAAACAAGUUUCAUUAUGUUCUGUAUCACGUCCGAUGUGGCACGAAUCACCCUAAUAAUUAUGCUAAAAAUAUCAUAUUUCACAGACGGUUAAACAUGACGGUUUAUGUUACAUUUUUAGUGAUCGCAGUGAACAGUGUUGUAACUAACGCACUUUUCGUACCAAGAUCUUUGCCUGAAGAUGCACUUCUGAACUUUACUGGACUGAGUGAAAAAUACGGACAUAAGGCUGAAGAACAUAGUGUUGUAACUGAAGAUGGUUAUGUUUUGACGCUGUUUCAUAUAGCAGGGAAGAGGAAACCUCCAGUUUUGCUGUUACACGGCAUACAUGAUACAGCAGACACUUUUAUUAUAAGAGGAAAGAGGUCUUUAGCGAUCACAUUAGCGAAGAGAGGCUACGAUGUCUGGGCAGGUAAUACUAGAGGGAAUAAAUACGGUAGACGACAUAUCAAGCUUAAUCCAGACACAGACCCGGCAUUCUGGAACUAUACUUUUCAUGAACAUGGAGUAUACGAUCUUGCUGCUAUAACAGACUAUAUUUUAAAUGCAACUGGAGAACAGAGCUUACAAAGCAUCGCACACUCUGAAGGAACGUCGAAUCAUUUUGUAUUAGGAUCGCAAAGACCUGAAUACAAUGAUAAAUUUAGACUCUUCAUAGCAUUAGCUCCUGUGGCAUUCCUCAGCAAUUUGAUAUUACCCGUAUCCGCAGUAACAGAAUAUGGUCCUUUGAUAAAUCAAAUAUUACUUGACUUGAGAAUCGAGGAAUUAAUCAAUGAGAAAGGAAUCGAGAAAACUCUUCUAAAUUUGAUCUGCAACAAGAAGGACGUUGGUUACGAUUUGUGUUUUAAAAGACUUAUACUACAGGGCGCUGGUUAUGAUCCUAAACGUGUCGAACCGGAGUUUUUCCCGACUGUGUUAGGACAUUAUCCCGCCGCAGGUUCAAGGAAAAAUUUGCAACAUUUCGAUCAAGUAGCUUUGAGCAAACGCUUCGCCCUUUUUGAUUAUGGCGCUGAAGAAAAUAUGAAACGCUAUGGAUUUACAGUGCCUCCUGAUUAUAAUCUUCGUCAGGUUACUAUGAAAACAGCGCUUAUAGUGGGGAGAAACGACAACUUGUCCAGAGUUCGAGAUGUGGAAUAUUUACGUUUUCUUCUUCCGAACAUUGUCGAUUACCAUUUGAUGAAGCAAAAAAGAUGGAACCAUUUAGAUUUCGUCUGGGGAAAUGACAUGCCGGAGACUUUGUUUCCAGAGAUAUUAUCGUUAUUAGAGAAAUAUAAAAUGAAACUUAUUUUAGCUUACACAGUAUUAGUGGCUAUUUUUGUUCCUACAAAGUGUUUACGUACAACUUUGCCUGAAGAUGGACGACUCAACUUUACGCAACUUGGUGCAAAAUAUGGACAUUCAGUUGAAGAACAUGAAGUGAUCACUGAAGAUGGGUAUAUUUUAACAAUAUUCCAUGUAAAAGGACGAAGAAAAACUCCAGUUUUACUGCUACAUGGAGUUGCAGACACUGCCGAUUGCUACAUAAUUAGAGGAAAGAUAUCAUUAGUAAUAUCAUUAGCGAAUGCUGGUUACGACGUCUGGGCCGGCAAUGUAAGAGGCAACAAAUAUUGCCGGAGACAUCUCAAACUGAAUCCUGAUAAAGACAAGAAAUUCUGGGACUUUACGUUCCACGACACCGGUACUUAUGAUGUCCCCGCCAUGAUUGACUACAUUCUGAAAACCACUGGAGAAAAAAAGCUUCAGACAAUUGGACAUUCGCAAGGAACGACUGUACAGUUUGUGUUAUUGUCUAAAAGACCUGAAUAUAACGAGAAAAUAAAGCUUUUCAUUGGAAUGGCGCCGGUAACUUUCUUAACAGACUUGAUACAGCCAAUAUCAACUAUUGCAAGUCUAGCCCCAAUGCUUCGUGGGCUCAUAGAAUCAACAGGAAUAGAAGAGACUUUCCCUGAUAACUCUUUCAUGACUAAAUUUCUUAAACUUCUAUGCAGUCAAGACUUCCUUAGCUACGAAUUAUGCUUCCAAUGGACAAGUUUUUACAUCACCGGAUUCGAUGCUAAGCGCUUUGAAGCAGAAUUCAGUAAAAUUGUUGUAGGACACUACCCGAAUCACACUUCAAGAAAAAAUCUAGAACAUUCCAAUCAACUAAUUCUUAGUAAAAGGUUUUGUGAAUUUGACUACGGUCCAGUACAAAAUAUAAAACGUUACGGCUAUAUAGUUCCACCGGACUAUAAUUUAAGGAAAGUAAAAACUAAAAUUGCAUUGUUGGUGGGUGAAAAUGAUCCAUUGUCCAGGAUUAAAGAUGUAGCGAUUUUGAGAACGCUUCUACCGAAUGUAGUUAAAUAUCAUGUGAUGGAAGAUAGAAUUUGGAACCAUGUGGAUUUUACUUGGGGUAACGAUAUGCCUGUCACUCUGUAUCCGAUUUUAUUUCAACUACUGGAUAAAUACGACUGACUAGCUUUCUU